AUGGCGAUCAUCCCGACGCUCGCCUGCCUCGUCCUCGCGACCCUCUCCCGGGCCGCCAGCCUCGACUUCGACCUGCCCCAGCUCGUCAACCUCCGCGUCGAAGGCGCGCACAACCGCACGAUCUUCGAGGGCCCGAUCCUCACCCGCGGGCACGACGUCGCGACUCCCUCUGGCGGGACGCACCACUGCGACGGCACGAACCUCGGCGCGAACCCGAAACCGGGCGCGACGUGCACCGCCGCGCUCUCCGACGCCGCGCACCUCGCCGGCUUCACGUUCGACGGGACGUUCCAAGACGACUUCGACGACUUCUUCAUCACCCGCGUCGCGUCGAGCGCACAGACCGCGACGCAGUUCUGGGGGCUGCUGCUCGACUUCCAAUUCACGCCCGUCGGCGGGUGUCAGCAGGAGGUGACGAGCGGCGCGGACGUCCUCUGGGCCUUCGACGCGUUCAGCGCCGCGCACUUCCUCAAACUCGCCGGUUCCUCGAGCGUGGCGCACGUCGACGAGACCCUGACGUUCACCGUCACGGACGGGACGAGCGGCACACCGGUGGCCGGCGCCGAGAUGAAGGUGCGGCAGGCUCUAUACUCGGAUGGGUCGUUCGUGCUCGGAACGUCGGAUGCAGCUGGGCACGUCUCGAUCAGGCCAACCGCGCCGGGCACGCUGUCGCUGAAGGCAGCACAGCAGGGAUCAAUACAGAGCAAUCGCGUCGAUAUCCUUGUCCUUCCCUGA